AUGCUCGGCAUAUGCAUCAAUUUUCCCGAAGGCUACUCAAACACCUAUCCAAAUACUUCCUAUCUUUCGUUCAAGCUCUUCCUCAACGAGACAGCGAUUGAGAGGGGUUAUGAGGGCGGACUUUCCGAAGAAAGUUACACAUGGAUCUGGUCAGCCAUUCUAAACGUUUGGCAUCUCGGAUUUCUCUUCGGAAACCUCCUGAUCCCUGUCAUCACCGAAAAGUUUGGAAGAAAAAAUGCUCUUUUGUAUGCUUGUUCAACUUCUCUUUGUUCAUCAAUCCUUUCAUGCAUUUCGAUUAUUUUUGAAAUCCCUGAGCUUUAUUUCGUGGCCCGUGGCGCCAUUUCGGUGGCUGGUGGGAUCACCUUUGGCACACUGAUUCUAUUUCUGCAGGAAACGACGCCAACCCAUCUCCGCGGUGUCUCAUCUUUUCUCGCCGAGGUGACUUUCCUCUUGUGCACCGUUGUGGGCAUGGGCGCCGGAAUGGAUCGCUUUUUCGGCAAAAAUCUAGUCGUUUUAACUGCCAUCGCUAUUCUACCGGGUUUUAUUUGUUUGUUCGCCAUUCUUCCCCUUCACGAAACCCCCAAAUAUCUGUUGCUCGUCAAAAACAAUCUCGAGGCUGCAAAGGCUUCGAUUGGGUUCUACUACGGUUUAAACACGGACAAGGCUGAAGUGUUGAAUGAGAUCGCCAAAGAAGCGCUCGACCAAGACGAGAAAUUCUCGUUCUUCGGCGGCGUGAAAUUCGUUCUCUCCGAGGCCUAUCUCCGCACUCCAUAUCUCAUUGGGGUUGCCAGUUUACAGCUUGUGAUGGGUCUUUUCCCAAUGAUCUAUCUAUCAACGGAGUUCCUCGAGGAGAUGUUCGACUCUGAAACAGCUCAGCUUGCUUCCUUUGGGUUCAUUUUGUGCCAAUUUCUAUCGGGUAUCCCGGGGACAUAUGUCGUUUCCAGAUUUGGUCGUCGUCCCCUUCUUCUCCUCCUCGGCGUCCUUAACAUGUUCUCCUUUGUGCUCUACGUGUUUUUCGAUAAAAUGUCCUUCCACUACGGUCAUAUCUGGGGCAAUGGGUGCAUCGUCGCGCUUUGCAUCUUCGGAAUCUCUUAUGGGUUGGGUCUCGGUCCGAUCUCGUGUUUUAUCACGAGCGAGUUGGUGGUGCAAAAAUAUCGCUCUUUAGUACAAUCGAUGAUGUUCGUUUCGAAUACAUUUGUCUCUUUGAUCGUCUCCUAUCUCACCCUGCCCGCCUACAAUCAUUUCGGAUGGUACAAGGAGGGUAUCUCGGUGGAGCUUCUCCAUAUUUUAGUUCCUCGAUUCACACAAUGGCGAAGACAAGAAGUCUACGUGACGUCAGGUGUCGGCAUGACCAAGUUCACCAAGCCCGGCUCAACCGGCCUCGACUACCCGGACAUGGUGAAAGAGGCUGUGAACGAGGCUUUGGCUGACGCAAAACUUGAGUACAAGGACAUUCAACAGGCCACCGUUGGAUACUUGUAUGGAGGCACUUGCAAUGGUCAACGGGCUCUUUAUGAGCUUGGUUUCACCGGGAUCCCGAUUUUCAAUGUAAACAACGCGUGCGCUUCAGGCUCAUCUGGUGUUUUCCUUUGCAAGCAAAUCUUGGAGUCAGGAAAUGCGGAUGUUGUGCUGGCGUGUGGCUUUGAGAAAAUGGCCUCGGGCUCGUUGGAGAAUAUGGGCGGAAAGCUCGAUGAUCGAGCACUUCCCGUUGAUCAUCACAUCCAGUUGAUGGCCGACACUUACGGUCUUUUCCCCGCACCGAUCACUGCUCAAAUGUUCGGAAAUGCCGGCAAAGAACACAUGGAGAAAUAUGGCACCAAGCGCGAGCAUUUCGCAAAAAUCGCCUACAAGAACCAUUUGCACUCUGUCAACAAUCCAAAAUCCCAAUUCACUAAGGAAUUCUCGUUUGAUCAAGUGAUGAACGCGAGGAAAAUCUACGACUUUAUGGGUCUUUUAGAAUGCAGUCCAACCUCUGAUGGUUCAGCGGCAGCGAUUUCUCUGCUCAGGCCUUUACCUCCAAGCCCAUCCCCAUCUGCGCCCUGG